GUUUUCCUUCUGAUGUUUUCAACACAUGAUUAUUAUUACCAGAGUGGACGAUUUUUGAACGGUUUCGUCUGCUAGGGUUCUUUCUUUGAAGAAGUUGUCUGAGUCGAACUUCGAUCAUGGCUCUUGUUAGGCAAAUUUCCUCUCUUCUAUCCAAGGUUCCGCAAAACUGUGUUGUAUCCCCAGUGUCCUUCAGAGGUGUACAUUUGUCAUCAUCAGUUGAAUCUGCAGUGCCACAGACUGAAGGUAGAACAAAGUGUACUCUUGUGCCUGGAGAUGGUGUGGGCCCUGAGUUGGUCUACUCUGUCCAAGAGGUGUUUAAGGCUGCUGGAGUGCCUGUUGACUGGGAGAUGUUCUUCUUGUCUGAAGUCAACCGACCUCUCAGUGCUCCACUCGAAGAUGUUGCCAACUCAAUUCAACGUAAUGGUAUUUGUUUGAAGGGUAUUCUAGCCACACCAGACUACAGCCAUACUGGUGAGCUAGAGACACUGAACAUGAAGCUACGUAGAGCUCUGGAUCUUUACGCUAAUGUUGUCCAUGUCAAGUCCUUGCCUGGUAUCAAGCUGCGACACAAGGACAUUGACUGUGUAGUCAUCCGAGAGCAGACAGAGGGCGAGUACUCGGCCUUGGAACAUGAGAGUGUUCAUGGUGUUGUGGAGUGUCUUAAGAUUGUAACGGCCAACAAAUCUGCUAGAAUCGCCAAGUUUGCAUUUGAUUACGCAACAAAGAACAAUCGCAAGAGGGUAACAGCUGUUCACAAGGCCAACAUCAUGAAGCUUGGUGAUGGUCUCUUUUUGAGGAGCUGUCAAGAGAUUGCUAAACUCUACCCCAAGAUAGAGUUUGAGACAAUGAUUGUAGACAAUUGCACCAUGCAGAUGGUGUCCAAUCCGCACCAGUUUGAUGUCAUGGUUAUGCCUAACCUCUACGGAAACAUUCUCGACAACUUAGCAUCUGGACUGGUGGGAGGGGCUGGAGUUGUAGCUGGUGCUUCAUACAGUCCUGAGUGUGUCGUCUUUGAACCUGGCGCACGACACACAUAUUCUGAGGCUGUUGGCAAGAAUGUUGCUAACCCGACGGCCAUGAUGCUGUGUGCUGCUAAGAUGUUGACCCACGUGAACUUGCAUCAUUAUGCAGGCAUGCUUAGAGGAGCUAUUGCUAAAGUGCUGAAAGACGGAAAGGUGAGGACAAAGGAUUUGGGAGGCCAAAAUACCACAAACGAAUACACUUAUGCCAUCAUCGCCAACCUUGGGAAAUAGAAUUUACCUAUGAAAGCGUUGUUGUUUACUUAUUUUUAAAAAGCAGUCUCAAGUACUCUGAAAAAAAACUUACUUUGUAUUCCUAUUAAAUUAUUUUAGAAUAUGAUAUAGAGCCUUGAUUUGUUGUGUCAUUACAGUUCCAGCCAGCUUAAAAGUACGCUACAUAAAAUUGUGUAGCAUGAAAGAAUAUUGAACUCUUAAAUUAUAAGAUUUAAAAUGGAUGGUCUGUUUUUGAGUAGUACUAUAAUAUGUAUAAUUCUGGAUAUCAAAACAUACAUUUGCUUGAAUGUGUGUAUGGAUAUUCCAUACAUAAUCUCGAAAUCUUGUUCAUUCACUCAGAAAUUCUACCAGUUUCAAAUUUUAAAUUAUUUUACUAAAGAUCGAACAUAUCUUAACCAAUAAUAUUAGAUCUUUAAAGAUGCCAGUGUCUACUGGUUUUAAACGUAGUGUAUUUUUAACAAUAUAUUACAAUAAAAUGCUAUACACCAUCCCUUGGAAUUGUUAAAUACUCAUAGUUUAGCAGCAAAAUAAAAUAUUUUAAAACUUUUGAAAAUUAAAUAUUAGCCCAGAAAUAAUAGGCUAUGUUUGUUCUAAUGUCUGUUCAUAGACGAAUAGAUCCUAGCUGGUGGUAAACUAAGCUAUAGGUUUAAAUGUAACAAUUUUAUUUGUAUUUUAAAUUACUAAGUACUAUGCCAUUUUAUUACUUAGUUAUAAUUCAAUUUUAACGUUAAAAAUGUUGUGCUACUUAAUAUUCCUUUAUGUUAAUUGUUUUUAAUAUAGACCUACUAAAUUGGUAUUUUAAGUACUAGUCAUCACACAUUGUAUGCAGUAUUUUUACAUUGUAAAUAGAUUGUAACGCAUUGUUGUUAGAAACUGUUUUUAAUAUUGUUUAAAAACUAUGUCACUUGGUGUCCUGUCAUUAUAUGAUUAUACAAUCAUACAUGUUGACAUUAAAGACAAUAAAUUCUUAAAACUUA